GAAUAAAACAUACAAAAGUAUCAAUCCAGCUCUAUGUGGAUCACAAGAUUCUGUUUAGAGGAUUUCUUUAAAUCUUGCUCCUUCAUCAUUUAUUAAAAUAAAGUGGGAAAAAUGCACACAAAACUGUAUAUAAACUGACUUUAAAAUGUUGCAUUUUAUCCCACAUAGACAAAUGAUAAAAGUGUAUCAUUUGCUGGAAAUUCUUGCAACUUAAUUAUAUUUUAAGGCACAAUUUUAAGACAAAAUAAUUUGAUUUUACUUUUUAAAACUGAUACUUUUUCUUUGACAUUUUCUUGCAGCAAAACAUCCAACAUAAAUCAGCAGUUUUUAGAUUAAAUAAAAACAUUUUAGUUCAAAUUAAUUUCUCCUGACAUGAACUCUUAGCAGUUUUAUUUUUUACUCAGGAUAUUUUGAAUAAAGAUGCUGACUAAUUAUUCAAAAUGAAAAGCUUUUUUUUCUUUUUGUGAAUCUUCCAUUUAAUGCAAACCAACUGAGUUUAUUAAAACUAAACUUUCUGGCCUGUUAAUAAGAAUUCUAAAUGUCUAUCUGCUGUAAGCACAACCUGUUUGUAUUCAUGCUUGUAAAUAGCUUUUUAUUUAUUUUCACUUGGAUAAUUUCUGACCAUAAAUCUUAGGAUUUUUGUCUGAUGAGGCUGGAAACAUCCUGCACUUCUUUACAUUUACAGCUAAAAUAAAGCAGCCGGUUUCCAUACUGUUAAUCACYGCUCCAAUCAUUUCAUUCAGCAUUUUAAAAUUUAAUUAUUCUGGUUUUAUUUACCUCAUCACAAAUGUUAGAAACCAUCUUUUGUAGAUUGCAACAAAAUUAAAGUCUAAUUUAGUUUUCUCAUCUUUGCAAAUCUGUUGAAUAAAUUUGAUUUAACAUGAACCUUUAUUUUGAAAUUUUUAUUGUUUAUUAAAAACUAAAAUAACGAUUAAAACAUUAGGACUUGAACAAUGUUUAUUAUCAUUUUGAACUUAAUAUAAAUAAUUGUCUUUGAAAAAAUAAAGUUUUAUUUUUUUAAUAAAAAAGAAAAAAAUAAAGUUUUCAAGCACUAUUUCUGGUUAAUUUGCCUUCUGCUGCAAUAUUUAUUUUAAUGGACCAUUUUUGUUUUGAUUUAUAUUUGUUUUUGACCACUAACYGAAAAUCUUCAGUUUUUGUGUUCCAAUUAAAAGACUCGUGUAAACAACAACAACAACAACUCUGCUUUUAUUCCAUCACUUCCCAUGCACAACUCUGCAGGACUUUAUGACAUCUGUUCCAAACUGCGUCCACCCUUCUUCUGCAUAUGAAACUCUGUCCUCACCCCCCACCCUCAUUUUUUUUUUUUUUCCUUUUCUGGAUUAUAAGGCAGGCCAAAGAGGCGCGCAAACUUUCACUCCAUCUCCGCAGACACACUUUGGUUGUUGCUCCUCUGCUGCCCGUCGCUCUCCUGAAUCUUUGGAGUAAAAGAAGAAGAAGAAGGAAAAAAAAACUGCCAGCCCCUCCGUUUGAUUCACUUCCUGCAGUCGGAGACUCCUGCUCAAAGUGAGGAGAGAAGAGGAGGUUGGGGUUCACAGGAAGAAACCUCUGGGCUCGAGCGACUCCUCCGUCUCUGCAGCAGAGCUCUGCUUCGGUUUCAGCUGCUCGCAUCGAGCUCGCGCAGCUGCACACACACACACACACAGAGAAACCCAAUAAACGGUUCGGAUGGUCCGACGUCGGUUCUUCCUCUGAUCCGAGGAGUUCUGGGAGAAGCUGAACGAGCUGCCGGGCUUCAUGUACUGGAAAAAUGAAGUUUUGUCCCCUCUGUCCGAGGGAAAUAAGAUUCUGUCCGACGGAAUCCCCACAAAGCAGUCUCACUCGGACGGAGAGUCCCAGCGGUCCAACAUGGAGCGGGAGGACACCCGCUCGCCCCCCAGCAGCCCGUCCACCCCCUCCGUGUGCUCGCCCACCUCCACCAGCAGCUCGGUGCCGUCCGACGGGAAGAACCUGUGCGCGAGCUGCGGGCUCGAGAUCCUGGACAGAUAUUUACUCAAGUAGGUUUGGUACUAAGUGUGCCCGGUGCGGGCGGCAGAUCUACGCCAGCGACUGGGUGCGCCGUGCGAGGGGAAACGCUUACCACUUGGCCUGCUUUGCGUGCUACUCGUGCAAGAGGCAGCUGUCCACAGGAGAGGAGUUCGGUCUGGUCGAGGAGAAGGUCUUGUGUCGGAUCCACUACGACACCAUGGUGGAGAACCUCAAGCGGGCAGCGGAGAGCGGAAACGGCAUCACAUUAGAGGGAGCCGUCCCAACAGAACAAGACAGUCAACCCAAACCGGCCAAAAGAGCACGGACGUCGUUCACUGCAGAGCAGCUACAGAUCAUGCAGGCGCAGUUUGCUCAAGACAACAACCCAGACGCCCAAACGCUGCAGAAGCUAGCUGACAUGACGGGCCUCAGCAGGAGAGUUAUACAGGUGUGGUUUCAAAACUGCAGAGCAAGACAUAAAAAGCACACGCCCCAACACAGCGGGGCUCCCCAGGGUCACCCUCAGUCCAGGAUGCCCUCGUCGCUGCCCGACGAGCUGCAUUACUCGCCCUUCGGCAGUCCGGAGCGAGCGCGGAUGGUGGCUCUACACGGCUACAUCGACAGUCACCCCUUCUCCGUCCUGACCUCUCAGAGUCUCCCUCACCAGGCCAUGUCGCUGCCCCAGCUCCCCCUCAGCCGGUAGCCCAGGACCCCCUGUUCCGUGGAUCCGCGCCCCUGAUCUGCAAUCAGCAACGCCUGCUAACCUCAUUCAAAGAUUGUACAACAUGGAGAAAAGACUCAUCUGCCAGAUCUCCUAACAGACCAAGGAAUGGAAAGAAGAGGAAAAAGAAACUUUGUUGCUCUUUGCUCUGAGGAGAUGAUAAUCCCACCUGCAGCCCGUCUGUCAAAAACAAACACACACACAAAAAAAACUCCUUCCAGCAUUUAUAUUUAACAGGAACCCUCUGUUUUACACCAUGUAAUGGACAUUUUUUACUUCCCUCCACAAACCUGAGAGAAGUGGAGUUUUAAAUGGACGUAACUGAUAAAGGAAGCAGGACUGAAGCUUUUUGAGUGCUGUCAGAGUUUUGAAGAUUCAGUAUGAAAGGAAGUGUCACUGCGGCCCAGACGGGACGGGGCGCACUCAGUAAACCACAUCCGAGGUAAGACUCCUCCCUCUUUUAUCUCUCAGCAACCAUGAAGGAAACCUACAUGCAAACACAACAAGCUGUUCAUCUUUGGAAUACGUAACAACAAAUAGUUCCCAAUUACAGGUUUGGAUCAAAGUUCCACUGAGUUAAGAAGAAUUUAAAUUUUGUUCAAGAUUUCAAACAGCGUGCCUUAUCUCGUCUAUUAUUCAACUAAAUCUAAAUUUUAACUCAUUUUUAAAUAACAAAUUGGACUUUUUAAUUUAAAAAAUUGUUUAAUUUUAAAUGAUUUAAACUUUUUUUUUUUUUAGAAAAGUACAAACUAUGUUUACAAACUCAGCUCCAGCAGUUGAACUUUUUUCCUUUUAAACCUCAACUGAAAAUUUGAGUUUUAUGGAUUUAUUUUAGCAUUUGAGGCAAUCCUGCUGAAGCUCUUUUUUUUAAUAAAGAAAAGUUUUGGAUCAGUUUGUUGUUAAAAGACACAUUCCUACAAAAUCUGACAUCUUGUACAGCUGUGUUCUAAUUUUUAAUUUAUACGGUUGCUUGUUCAGCUUCACACAAUGAGGGAAACUGAGUUUUGGUACAAAAUGGACCCAAUAAAACUGACUGGGUUUGUAUAUAGUAAAAAGGGGUGUGCGUGAAWGUGUUUCUAUGUGUGUAUUGGCAGGAGUAGCGAGUGUGUGUGUGUCUGUAUUUUAGUGUCAUUACCUUUGUGUGAAAACCACAUCCAGUUCCACCUCAAAGUCCUUGUAUUUAUUAACAUGGUAAAUCCCUGUAAAGCACUUUCCCCCUUUCUGAAUCAGUUUUUGACAUAAAAACAUUAAGAAAUUAAACAAAAGGUUUAUUUGAUAGACUGUGGAUCAUCAAUGUUUCGUGUAAUAAAAUGCAUAAAAUUGA